CGAAACGGAUCGAGUAGAUACCCCACGUGAGGAUGCCAAAGGUCCAUGCCGUCGUGUGUGGGCCACGGACAUCGACGGUCGGGCAGAAGCAUUACAAGAUCGUGUUGAACAGGCUUUCCGUCCUGUGGGGGAUCGUGUUUUCGAUCAACCUGACCAUCAUGCCGAUGAAAGCGUACUGGACCGAGUAUUUUCCGUGGACGAUGCCACCCCCGCCUGUGCUAGGCGGCGCCGACGCGGUCGACUCGUUCCGAGCAAAUACGUCCGCCUUCCUCCAACAUGUGUACAACGCGACGACGUUUCCAGAUUCGGCUGGCGCGUUCCUCCGGGAUCGGGCAAGCCCUACGUACGCAGUGCGGUACAAACUCACGAUGCCGUCGUCGGUGCCCACGUCCAAGUGCCUUGCCGUGGUUCUGUCGUUCCCUGGGCAGCUCUACUUUGGUCGAGGCGUCCGCGACUUCAUUUGUGCGUUUGCACGAUUGAACCAGUCGGCCCAAGUGAACCACGCCUCCACCAGGACAGAGUGCCAGCACGAGUACUUGCUCGGACAACCCAUUGCCGAAGGGUGCAUCUGGCUCGUCCCCCCGACCGACGACGCGACGAUGACAUUUCACGUGUACUUUGCACGGGUCGAACUCCAAGGGCCGGCGUACAACUGGUUCAAGUUUGCCUUUCGGGCGAGCCUGUCCGUGAUCAUUGUGUACCUUGUCUGGAGCAUGUACUUUGUGCAUUAUCGUCCGUUGAUGGCCAACUUGAAGCAAUUUGGGGUGGACGACGGCGCUUCGUCGUCGAUCGUCACGUUCGAAGUGUUUGUGGGCGACCCCACGUCAGUAGUGCUCAGCCAUCCGUUGGUGUCGCUCGUGUUUGUAUGGGACGUGUGGCUAAGCCCGGUUUACUUUGGCCUGGCGACGAUUCGUGUGAGCCAGACGUACGAAUGGUGGGUGUUCUUUCUGGGAGCGCUGUACGGCUCGCGAACGAUGUGGUUUGCAUACUUUACGAUGCGAUACGCGACGUUUUUAAUCAAGCGAUGGCGUGUCGAGCACUGGUUUGCAGCCGUGGACCCUGGGCUCGUGGCCCUGGCAAGCGUGGUGUUCUCCGGCCCGAUGAUGUGGGUCAUCGCCAACACGUCCCUCGCCACGUACUUUUACUUUGCGUGGUCGAUCUUUGAGUCGAUCGACGUGACUACUCACGUGUGCAUGUCGAUCGAAACGUUUCCAGGAGCGGUCUCGGCUGUCCUCAUGGUGUCGUCGUUCCCAUUUGCGUACUCGGUGCUUGUCCGGUGCAUGACAAGGACGAUUCCCAGCGACCACCGCUCGGCGCUGCGGUACGCGUGCAGCUCGUACAACGAUUUAAAGCAGCAACUGUUGAUGCAGCUGCACUUGGACCGAUCCGUCAUGACGCGCGAUCUGUCGUCCAACGAUGCCGUCGACCAAAUCGGCGGGUCCGUCUACGCCUUCAUGGACCACCAUCCCAAAGCCAAGCGGCUGCCGCUCUUUAGUUUGCGUGGAUCCGACUGCUUCAUUUUGUGUUUUGACAGCAAAGCCACAAUCGUCAAGAAGCUGCGGCUAACGUUGGUGGACUGCUUGGACGUGCGUCCUCCGCCGCGCACAUGUUGCCACAAAACAGCUUCGUUGCCCACCAAGAGGACACCUGUGGCUCACCCCACCGGCGACCUUGGUAGCGCCAUCGCCACCUGUCCCCUGGACCACCCGCAGCAAACAUUUUGCGUGGUUAACCAACACAUUUGCCCUGACGUGUACGCCACAGCGCCAACGGUUGUCCAUCUCGGCGCGUCACGAUGCAAGUGGGUACUUUAGCCCGAUCGAACCACUGAACUCGCAACGCGCCGCCCAACCAUCCAAAACCAUCGACCAAACGUGAGCUGCACAGUAGGCCGGCAAAAGGUUCAUCGACUAUGAUACAUGGCAAUAGCGACAAGAGGUCAGUCUAGGAUGACACCAUUGGCACUGCAAUGCACAUGUCCUGGUUGCGCGCCGACGGGCACAUGUCAUUUUCGAUGACCAAGAACGAGUUCGACAG